UUACUGAAGUUCAGAGGAAGUGACGGGAAUAUAGGAGCCUUACGAGUUAACGUUAAACGAACAGAAGAAGAAAAAACUGUAUGAAGAGAAGGCUUUUAAGAAGAAACUGUUCGUGUAUAAUUAAGCCAGUGUUUUCUGAAUCACGAGCAAACAUUAGAUGAAAAUUCAAAUUUUGACGGUGGCGCAAUUUCUGCCAUCAUGAUCGAGCUGCAAGUUCACGAACUAUAUUAUUUUGUCAUCGAACGUUAACUACCUCUCUAAAAAGUCGUUUACAUUCGCUCUCCACCGUUUUGUUGCCUGUUUUAAGUAAUUUACUCCGACGAUAUGUCCCAUUGUUGUGUUAAAUGAGUUUACAUCCUUGGCGUCUUUUGUAAUGAACGCGAGAGCGACUUUACCGGCUUCAGUCCAGACAGCGUUCGUCGCGUUUGCGCUGCUGUUAUCGGUAAGUGUUUGCUCACGGUUGACGGUGCUCGUUCGUCUCAACGAUGGUCAAAUAACGGAGGAGCUAUUAGAGGCGGAUAGUGAGAAGGACAUUAUAACUGUGGAGUUCAGGCAGACAGACGGGACUCUCGUCACAUUCCUGUCUGAUUUCAAGCGCCAUGUGAAGAUUUUUCGUGCACUGGUGCUUGGGGAGCCAGAGAAGGGCCAAUCUCAGUAUCAGGCCCUCUGCUUCAUCUCGCAUUUGGAUCAUGGAGAGCUGAUCCCCAGUGAGGCCAUGGCUCGACUCAGACAGAAAAACCCUCAUGUGGUGCGGAGUGCGGAGGAGAGACGUGGUGUGGAAGAGUUCACUAUGAACGCGGUGCUCAACAUGAGUCAUUCCUGGCACCUCAGUACUCAUAUUCAUAAUGUCUGCAGGGAUGCACGAGAGCUGGUGUACACACGACAACAAGAUGUCAAAUACUGGCUGGACAAAGGGGUGGAAGGCUCAAUAUUUGAGGUCUUUCCUCAGAGUCUGAAUGUGACUGGCUUGCAGAGCUGCAGCUCCAGUACAGACCCGUGGCAGCCCUGCGCCUGCAGUUACAGGUUAAACCUGGAGUGGUUCCCCUGUCAGCUGAAGUACUGCCGGGGCCAGGGGCCGAACCCUUACAAGUGUGGCAUUAAGAGCUGCAGCAAAAGCUACCGCUUUGACUUCUACACACCUCAUAAACAGCUGUGCCUUUGGGACGAGGACACUUAGCAGGACCUCACAAAGGGAAUUUGCUUUUCCUCAAAAUGUUUUUUUUUUUUUGUGUGGAAAACAUUUUUGUAAGGUACUCUACAACGAAGCAAAACUUUAACUGAAAGGAACCGUUUUGAUAAUGAGAUUAUCUAGAAAUGACUUGUGCACUUCAGUGUUUUUGUCUCAACAGGGAACUUUCUCUGACUUUAAUGGGAGUGAAAGAAUGGAAAUUUUGAUAUGGAUUGUCAAGCCAUUUGUCUUUUUUUUUACUUUUGGACAUCACUACAAUGGUACCUCAGGGCAGGAAAUUGUGCUAUUAUUAUAAGUUGUAUAUUUAGUUCUGCUUAGGGCAGCUGUAUUGUAGCUCUUGUUUUCAUUCUGUUUAGUUUUUACUUGUUAAAAUUUUUGAAU